CCUAGUGGAGACUGAUAAGAGUUGUUGAUAAGAUGAGGGGCAACGUCCACCUCCUCUGUCCGUUUACUCCGUUCAUAGCGAUAAUUGCGAUAAUUGAUCAAUCGAAAUGCUUCCAAUCCUCCUCCUCGACGGAGGCCUAGGGACAACCCUCGGAUCCUCUCCUCAUAGCAUCACAUUCACCUCCUCAACACCCCUCUGGUCCUCGCAUCUCCUCCUCUCUGCCCCCCCGACUUUAACCGCCGUGCACCGCUCCUUCCUGACCGCAGGAACCGACAUCCUCCUCACAGCAACCUACCAAACCAGCUUCGAAGGCUUCACGCGUACGGAUCCGAAAUUUACGCGCGAUGAUGCGGCGCGGUAUAUGCGCUCUGCGAUCCCGCUCGCGCGCGACGCGUUCGCGGCACUUCCUGACAAGCCGGCUCGUCUUGCGUUAUCGCUAGGUCCGUAUGGGGCGACUAUGUCGCCUGUCGCAGCGGAGUAUUCGGGUCUGUAUCCAGAGGAGAUUGAUAGUGAGAAUGCGUUGAGGAAAUGGCACGGGGAGCGGUUGAGGGUGUUUGCGGAGGACGACGUGGCGUGGGAUGGGGUCGAGUAUGUGGCGUUCGAAACGGUUAGGAGGGCUGAUGAGGCCAAAGCGAUACGGGGAACUGUUCAAGACACACUCCGAGGGGCCAAGGGACGAAAGCCGUGGUGGAUUUGCGGCGUGUUUCCGACAGAGGAGGUCGACGAGGAUGAUGUCCGACGAUGGGUGCGUGCUGCGCUGGGUGACUCUGGCUCCCUACCUCGUCCGUGGGGUAUCGGGGUGAAUUGCACCCGUGUUGGGAAUCUGGGUUCUAUUGUCGAUAUCAUGCUGGAUGAACUACGGAAGUUGAUCGAGCAGGGCCAGUUUGUGGAUGAAUGGCAGACGACAUCUGGACGGCCGUGGUUGGUGCUGUAUCCUGACGGAACUCAAGGAGAGGAGUAUGACCCAGCUACGAAGGAAUGGGUGCAGAAGAGGACGGAAGAGAAUGGACGGCCAUGGGACGAGGUUUAUUGGGAUGCUAUGAAGAAGGUUAAGCCAGGGGACUGGGAGGGAGCUAUUCUGGGAGGUUGUUGUCGGGCUGGACCAGAGCAUAUUGCGGCAUUGCGGCGGAGGGUAGAUCAGACUGCUAAGUAACGAAGCAACUAAUACUAGACAAAGGGAAUUAUAGUGAGGAUAUUUUUCUUGUGAUGCCUAACCUGCGGUAAAG